UCUGGAAAACUGCAGGACCUGGGGGUCGUGGAAGGAAGCAAGCUGACGCUGGUGCCCACCGUGGAGGCCGGUUUGAUGUCCCAGGCAUCCAGGCCGGAACAGUCGGUGAUGCAAGCUCUGGAAAGCUUAACUGAAACUCAGGUCAACGACUUCUUGUCGGGACGGUCCCGCUGACCCUGGCACUGCGUGUGGGUGACCAUAUGAUGUUCGUGCAGCUCCAGCUGGCAGCUCAGCAGAGCAGCGGGCAGCUCCAGCACCGGCAUGUCAUCGCCAGCCGGGGCGAGGCGGGGGCCGCCGCCAGCUCCCACUGCCGGACGCUGCAUGGUGGUACCGGCUCCGGCUUUGCCCGCAUCCCUGUGGUGCCCACGUGCCAGCAGAGCCCGGCCCCCAGCCCUGCGCCCACUGCGCCAGCCCCCCCCAUGUACUGUAAUGCCCCCCACCCCACUCCCGUCACCGCUGGGAUGUUCCGGUCGCAUGGGGCCAGCACGCAGACAGUGAACAGCAGCGUGGUCUCCUCCUGCUCAGAG